CCUAAUGCGACAGUUGCUUGCGGUAGCGGGAACCCUUAACUUGUUAGAUUUUAUUCAGUCGACUUUUAUUUAAGUUUUCUUCUUUUUUUUUUUUUUUUUUUUUUUUUAAAUAAAUAUUUUAUUACUAUCGAUCAUGUUCUCAAUUGUGCCUUCUGCAGCAUGACUCCCGCAUUUUUUCUUCAUGAUUACUAUAAAAAGAUGCUGGAACUUCAAGAAAAAUUACGCAAAAGUGAAGAAGAAAGGAUACGACUUGAAGAAAGAUUUAAUUUGAUGGAACAGGAAUCGCGUGUUAGACAUGAAGCCUGUAUAAAUAAGUUGCGGAUGCGGUAUAUUGAAUUUUUGGAGGAGCAGAGAGUUAGAGAUCUGAGGAAUCAUAAAUUACUGGGCACGCUGGAUAAAGUUGAUACCAGCUUGGCGUUAAUGACCGCUAAAACAGACAGACUUUAUACGCUUAGAAAAGAGUACGAAGCGUCAAUCCUCCGCGCCCAAGCAAGCCGGCGUCAGGCGGGGAGUGUAACAGGUGACAGCGGAAUCAUAAGCCAAAACGAUGACAGAUUAAUGUUAAGAGGAGCCUCGAGUACCCAGGUAGCCUCAAGCUCUCAUUUAGACAAUCUAAAAGCAUACAAUGGACCUCGAGCGACUAGCAGCGUCCCAGGAAACUUCUACAGCUCUUCAAGUACGCCCAAAAAAGUUUACAGCGGUCUUCCACCGCUUCAAUUCUCCUCCAAAACUCACUUGGACUCCAGCGAGCCUUUUUUGCGAACAAUUCCCUCCGUAAACUAUCAAAGAAGCUACGCACCAAAAUCUCUGGCACGGAACCCAGAAAUGAAGACAUGGAACGAAGAAGAUUACGCAACUGACUUAACUAAAUUGCGUCGAGAUUUGCGCAAGGAUUCCGGGGCGUUUAAGUACCCGGCCCCAGAGAGAUUGACGACGCUGGGAAGCUCCAGGUUGUCUAAUUUAUUGGGCUCUAAAGCCCAAGAGAGCUCCACAAUUCCGCAAUUUCGCGAAACUGCUGGCAGCAUAGUCGAAAAAGAAUUGGAGAGUUAUAUUAAUAAGAUCCGCAGUCUCCAUGAUAAUAAUAACGAUCAGCACAGUCUGGAGGAAGUUGACCACGAACAGAACACCAGCGGUGAUUUAUUGAAUGUUACGCUGUCGGACGACGGGUUUGACCACUUGCCAGCUGAGGAAAAAGCUAAAGGGCAUCUGCACAAGGAAGUUGGCCAGAUUUUGGCACUUGUUGAUGAUCUUGCGGCUAAGACUGCUGAUUUAAAUGCAAAUGCACCAACUGGACUCAAUGCCGUCCAAGAAAUUAAAAUACUUUGUACUAAUCAAUCAGAAUUAAUGAACGAGACACUUAUUGAGCCUAAAGUGCACUCAGCUGUGACGGAAGAAGCUUCCGGGUUAAUUUCUGACGGAAUUAAUGGUAAUUUCAACACUGAAUUGAGCGACAAGGAUCAAAAUGAAGAAACUAAAGUUGAGAUAGUUGAUUUUGAUAAAAAAGAGGAACUAAAUACGGAAAUUGUUGUUGCUCAGGAGCAAGAGGUUGAUAAUUUACAAGAGACUGGUGAAUUAGAGCCCUGGAAUUUGGAGAAUUCGGAGAAACAAGUCAAAGUGAUUGAUGAUUUGGAUUUAAAUGAUAAUUUGGAAUUACAGACCGAGUUGGUGAAUAAUGACAAUGAAAUAUUGCAGACCGCUUUGGUUAAUGAAAUUCCAGUUGUAAAUCCAGAUGGUGAAGUGAGUAAUGACAGUGUUGUCGCAGCUGAGAAUGUUUACGACCAAAAUUACACAGCUGGUGAGCAGAAUUACCCAGAAGAAAAUUAUGAGGAGAAUAAAGAGUAUACGGAGCAAGUUUAUGAGUAUGAAAAUCAGGAGUAUCAGUAUGAUCCGAAUACUGGAGAGUAUCAGUACCCUUACGACCCAAAUGCGGAGUACCAGGACCAGCAGUACCCUGAAGAAACGAAUCAGGAGUAUCAGUAUCCUGAAGGUUAUACUGAGCAAAAUUAUGAUACUAAUUAUGAGUAUCCGGCUGAGCAGUAUGAAGGCUAUGAUCAGGAACAGCAACAACUGAAUCAAGAGGAUUUAAUUCAAGCUGAUACUAUUGAUCCUGAAGGUCCUGUUGAUGUUGUUGAUCUUGUUGGAGCAGAAGAAGAUAAUAAUUAUCAAGAAGAUUUGAUAAGUAAAGCCUCUAAUGAAGAAUCUCCGAUAGAUUCUAGCAAGAAAGACAAAGACGAAGUUAAUGGCCGCGCGAAAAAAACUAAAGACACUAUCAGAGCGAUUCUUGAAUCUGACACUGAAAGCACGAUGGAGAAAAAUACUUCUAAUACGGAGAGUGACUUUGAUUUUAAAUAGAAAAAAAUUAAUAUGUUUUUUGUUAGUAUUUUAUUAAGUUUUUAUGAUACUGAAGUUAUCC